AUGUGUGAUGGUACAUUAUCAUUAAAUAAUUUAUUUAAACAUCAUAUAAAUCGAUUUUAUUUAGUAGGAAUACAAGAACCAGAACAUUUUGAUGCUUCGGAUCAGUUGAAUGAAUGCGAUACUUGCAGACAGCUGAGUUCUGAUGGUUUUUUAGAUCAGCAAAGUUUAACAGAUAUUAGUUCAGCUAUUACACCUUUGUCUCCUGAACUACCAUUUUCGUCUACUCUCGAAAGAUUACCAACUAUACCUGAGCAAUCACCAUUGGCUUCUCAUGAAAAUAUACAUUCAUCAGACGAUGAAAAUUGUUAUGCAAUCGGCAUUUCUUUUUCUGGAAAAAAUAGAGAGAAAGUAGAAGAGAUUUGUGAAGAAGUUCAAAAAGAAUUGCCUGAGAAAAUAUUCUUUGCUCCAUGGUAUCAACAUGAAGUAGCACAAGUAUAUGGAAAUCGAUUUUUACGAAAGAUCUAUGAGAAAGCUUCAUUUGUUGUUGUCUUUCUUUCACGUGGCUAUGAAACGUCUAAUUUUUGCUGUUAUGAAUGGCGAGUUAUUCAACAACGUUUCAUGGUCCCGACAGCUGAGCAAAAAAACGAUAGACUCUUACUCAUUAAAUUAGAGGAUAUCGAUGAAAAAGCAUUGGAUCUUUUCAAGGAUGAUUUCUAUAUUGAAGUUUCAGAAAUGACCACUGCAAAAGAAGUGGCCGAUUCGAUUAUUAAACGAUGGCGUAUUGUUGAGAAGCUUCCAAGCGUCUAA